AUGUCCAGCAAAAUCCGAGUCGCCGCAUGCCAUGUCUCGCCCAUCUUUCUCUCCGCCAAGGAAACAACCUCGAAAGCCAUUGAUUAUAUCAAGCAGGCAGCGCGGAAUAAGGCGAAUCUAGUCAUAUUUCCCGAAACAUACAUCUCAGCCUUUCCAAUAUGGAGCUCCUUACGACCUCCUACAGAUAAUCACGAUCUCUUUAAGCGAAUGGCAAAAGAGUCUAUCUUUGCCGAUGGGGACGAGAUACGUGCUAUUCGGAGCACGGCAAAACAGGAAAAUAUCAUGGUCAGCAUUGGGUUUUCUGAAAAGACCCGUUUUAGCAGCGCCACGCUGUACAACUCGAAUUUAUUCAUCGGAGAGACGGGUGACGUAUUGAUACAUCACCGGAAGCUGAUGCCGACCUUCUUUGAAAAGCUCACGUGGGCACCUGGAGAUGGCCAUGGCCUGCGCGUUGCGGAUACAGCUUACGGGAAGAUUGGAAAUCUCAUCUGUGGAGAGAAUACCAAUCCGUUGGCGCGGUAUACGCUGAUGGCUCAAGGGGAGAAUAUUCACAUUUCCACAUGGCCACCGAUUUGGCCAACUCGUGUUCCUUCAGCCGAGGGAUCUGCAGAAAUAUCAAGCGACACACAGGGAAAACCAAAUUACGACAAUGUCACGGCCAACAGAACCCGAGCUGCUGCCCAUUGCUUUGAAGCCAAAUGCUUUGGAGUUCUCUGCUCAGGCGUUCUAGGCAACGAUGCUAUUCAGACCAUUGCGGAAGGGUCAUCGUUCUUGACUCAGGUGCUGAAGCAAUCUCAGCGUGGUGCGACGCAGUUCCUCGAUCCAACUGGAGCUCCACUUCAGGGGUUUACUGUCAACGAGCAGACUGGGGAGUCUGUAACCACUGAAUUUCUUCAAAAGGAUGAGGGCAUUUUGUAUGCUGAUCUUGAUAUCGAAGAUUGUAUCGAGGGGAAACAGUACCAUGAUGUUGUGGGCGGGUAUCAGCGGCUGGAUGUCUUUGAUCUCAAAGUGAACCGUACUCGUCGAGAGCCCAUUACCUUUGCUGAGGACGUCAAGGAAGGUUGCUCGAAAGAGUGGGAGGCGCUUCCUUAG